AUGUCCUCUAUGGAAAUUGAAUCUUCUGAUGUUAUUCGAUUAAUCUUGCAGUUUUUGAAGGAGAAUAAUCUUCUUAACAGUUAUGCGGCUCUACAGGAAGAAUCUACGAUCGCAUUAAAUACAGUAGAUUCCAUCGAAUCCUUCACAAAUGAAAUAGUUCAAGGACAUUGGGAUGUUGUACUUCGAACGGUUUCUAAUCUAAAAAUAUCACAGCGAAAAUUAAUCGAUCUCUAUGAACAGAUAGUUUUAGAACUUAUAGAAAUGCGAGAGUUGGGAGCCGCGAGAACUUUAUUAAGACAAACCGAUCCUAUGCAAAUUUUGAGAGAUAACUAUCCGGAACGUUACUUGCACCUUGAACAUUUACUUUCGCGGACAUGGUUUGAUCCUAAAGAGGCAUAUCCAUCUGGCAUAACAAAAGAAAAAAGACGUCAAGCUAUUGCUGAAGGUUUAUCAAGUGAAGUAACAGUUGUACCUUCAUCGAGACUUCUCGCUCUUUUGGGACAAGCGAUAAAAUGGCAACAACAUCAAGGAUUAUUAUCACCUGAUUCAGCUUUUGAUCUUUUUAGAGGUUCCGCUCCUACCACCAAAGUUGAAGAUGAUGCGGUACCCUCGAAGUGUUAUUCUACCAUUAAGUUUCCAAAAAAAUCACAUGUGGAAUCAACCGCUUUUUCACCUGAUGGACAAUGUUUAGCUACUGGUAGUAUGGAUGGUUUCAUUGAAAUAUGGAAUUUUUUGACUGGUAAAAUUAGAAAAGAUUUCAAAUAUCAAAUGGAGGAUAAUCCAAUGUUAAUGGAACAUCCAGUAUUAUGUUUAAAUUUUAGUAGAGAUAGUGAAAUGUUGGUUUCAGGUGCUCAAGAUGGGAGCAUCAAAGUUUGGAAGAUUAGUACAGGACAUUGUACUCGACGAUUUUCCCCGGCACAUAGUCAAGGAGUAACUUCUGUAUGCUUUAAUCGUGAUGGUAGUCAAGUAUUAAGUUCAAGUUUUGAUCAUACUGUUAGACUUCAUGGAUUGAAAUCAGGAAAGACAUUAAAAGAAUUUAGAGGACACACCUCCUUCGUUAAUAGUGCAAUAUUCUCACAUGAUAUGAUGAGAGUAAUUAGUGCAAGUAGUGAUGGAAAAGUAAAGAUUUGGGAUAGCAAAUCAACCGAUUGUUUACAUACAAUAAGUCCUCUCGGUGAGCACGCAACUCAAACCAUUUCAGGCGGAGCAACUGUUAAUUGUGUUAUUCAAAUGCCCAAAACUACAGAUCAAUUUAUAGUAUGCAAUAAAAAGAAAAAAACUGGAGGUGAUUUUAUUACCUGCACGGUUUCACCACAAGGGGAUUUUAUAUAUUGUGUAGGAGAAGAUUCAAUUUUAUACUUUUUCGAUAUUCAUAGUGGAAAAUCAUAUUCAAGUCUGAAGUUGUCAGAGGCAGAAGUAAUUGGUGUUUCACAUCAUCCAUUUUCGAAUAUUAUGGCGACAUAUGCAGAUGAUGGUGUUAUUUCUUUAUGGAAACCAUAA